UCAAACUGCGGAUGAUUGAAUCUGUGUAUAAGAAGGGCCAACUGUAUACAAUACAAGCUAAAAACACUGAGAUAGAAAUAUAAAUCCACACUUCUUAGUCAUGCUGCAAAUGGAGGACAAUUAAAAUAACAGUAGAAGCUAAAAAAACUCCUAGAAAUAUAUAAAUUGAUGGUUCUUAGUUGUGCUUAAAACGGAGGACAAAUAUACAAUGAAAGCUAAAAACACUGAUAGAAAUAUAAGUUCAUGGUUCUUAGCCAUGCUUAAGAUGGAAGACAAAUAAAAUACCGUAAAAGCUAGAAAUAUAAAUUUAUGGUUCUUAGUCAUGCCACUGAUAGAAAUAUAAAUUCACACUUAGCCAUGCUCAAAACGGAAAACAAAUAAAAUGCAAUAAAAGCUAAAAUUCCCCAUAGAAAUAUAACUUCAUGUUUCUAGGUUUGCUCAAAACGGAGGAUGUUUUGGAGUUCCUCUUAAAGAGAAGUCCGCAAAGGAGGACGCCUGGUCCCUCUGGCUGCUUAGACUGAUCUGUUCUCUACCAUACCAGAGUGACCAGAUGUCCUCAUUGUAAAGGAGGACAAGGGACUGCAAAAUGGAGGGCAUUCCAGAAAAAUGGAGGACAUGCCCAAAUAAAAGCUAACAACACUCAUGUCAGUAUAUAUAAUGGAGGACCUUUGAGAGUUCCUCCUGGGCAGAAGUCUGAAAUGUAGCGUGUGUCCUGGAAAAGGAAGGCCUUUGGUGACCCUGCCCUUUUCACAAUAAACUGAUGCUGGGGAGUGCAGUGUUGGGAUUCUGAAGCAGCAUUGGGGGGUGAACCCAUAAGAAGUCAUGCAUGAUUUGAUUUGUUAACAAUCAGUGUGAUGUGUUUCACCUCCUUUCAUUUUCAGACAUUUGCUUACCUCCUUUCAGACAUAAGAGAUGUGUGUAUUGCAUGAAAACCUCCAAAGGUGUAUGACUUAAUAUGAUUAAACUUUGAAGGAUUCUGGAGAUAAGCCACCUGCUAUUAUUGCGCCCCCCUCCCCUCAUUAUUUUUGUAUGAAAGUGUAUUUAGGGGCAUACAUUUGUAUAUAUGUAUAUUUGGUAACCUUGGGCAAGUCAUGCCCUCUUAGCUUCAGAGGAAGGGAAUGGCAAACGGCCUCUGAAGAAACUUGCCAAGAAAACCCUAUAAUAAGAUCGCCUUAAGUAGGAAACAACUUGAAGGCACACAACACACACACCAUAUAUUUGUACUGUCAGUCUCUAACAGCUAGGAAGGAAAGGCAUAUUCCUUAAUAUACAAACAACUUUCUAGGCAGAAAAUGUAGUUCUGCAUCCUUUCCCAAGUUCUAGUGUUCAAAUUUAGUUUAAAAAAACACCAAGGAAUAAAAACAAAAAUGCAUUAUAAAAUACAAUUAUAUUUUUAAAUUACACUAAAGUUAGACGUAUCCAGGGGUAGCCAUGCUGGCCAUACAGUAAAGUACAAUAACACCCAAAAUGCACAAAACGGCAGUAUCUUUACUGGACCAACCAGAAUUCAUAAAAUACAUGAAGCAAGCUUUUGAAGCUCCACUGGCUUCUUCUUCAGGCAAGGUGUUUGAAAAAAUCAUACAAGAGAAAAAGAAAUGUUGGAGUCACAGGUUUACAUAUUGUCAAAAUGUUGUCAAUUAGGAUGGUACAAAGAGAGAGAGAGAGAGAUUGGUGUUGGCAGAGUCCACUCCUCUUUUCCCCAUGUGGGCUUUGGAAGACAAAGAGUUGUAAAGUCCAGGAAAUAAAAUUUAAACUCCAUUAGCAACAUAAAAAGAAACUUCCCUUGAGAGCCAGGCUGCCCUUGUCCUUCUUAGGCAGAGAAAAUUGAAUUUCUCAUUUGGAAAACUUUUAGGUUAUUGUGUUUGAAAAACAGAUGCAGAAUCUUUCAAGUCACUUUGUUCACUUGUUUUUUUUAAAAACUGAGUGAAAGCACCGCAGUAUAAAACCCUGCAGUGUCAGGCUUUCAAGAAAAGCACAAAUGUAAACAGUACAAGAACUGGAAUCAAAAAGAUUAGAGAGGAUCUUCCUGACUGAGCUGAACAGAAGCCUUUUUUGUAUCAUGUAUUGGAACUACAGUUGUUCCAUGGUAAACCAAGUACAGCAUUGUAUCAAACCAACUUAAUUUGGGAGCAGGAGACUAAAACGGUAGAACUUCCACAUGUAUUAAUCACAGAAAUGUAGCAAACUUUCAUGGACUUGCUAGUUUUGUAUUAUUAUUUUUGCCUAGGCAGAGACAAGGGACUCUGAAUCCAAGCCCCUCUAGAAAUCUUGUUCAGCAGUUCUCCUAUAUCUCCUGAAAUCUCAAAGAAUUAAACCUAAAAACAAGAACUGUGUCAUUUUAAAGGAAAUUUAAGAAUCCCAGAAUGGCACCUUGGACCCCAUCUGGGGAGAAAGGGUUAAAAAAAAUACAGUUCCCUACCUAGAAGUUGGAUUAUGCCAAGAAAGUGUUCUGAGUUUUGAAGAAAUUUGAAAAUUAUCAUACUGAGGCAAAGUGUUCAAAGAGGAUUUGAAUUGCAAUCCAUGAGAAUAGCAAGAUUCUCAGAUAUUCCAGUGGAGCUGAAGAAACUGAAAUUUAGAAGCACCCUGAAGACCUGGAAGCCGUGGAUAGGCCACCUGAAGACAAGACACUUUAUUCUCUGAUGCUGACCUUUGAUCAGUUGAUUUAGAGUUUCAGAUCGUCAAAAUCUACUAUAAUUUUGGAAGAAAAGCAGCAUUUAAAGAUGGAAAAGUAUAAAGAAAAUCUGAACUAAGAUGUGAUUAUUUAACUUUGUAAGACUUCUCUGUAACCAUGAUGGCAACGCAGACAUUAAGUAUAGACAACUAUCAAGAUGGGCAGCAACAGAUGCAAGUAGUAACAGAGUUAAAAACUGAGCAAGAUCCAAACUGUUUGGAAACAGAUGCAGGAGGAUUGAGUCCUUCUCCAGUUGAGUCUCAGACACCGAUGGAUGCGGACAAGCAGGCCAUUUACAGACAUCCACUUUUCCCCUUAUUAGCCCUGUUAUUUGAAAAAUGUGAACAAUCUACACAGGGAUCAGAAGGCACAACAUCUGCAAGUUUUGAUGUAGAUAUUGAAAACUUUGUUAGGAAGCAGGAGAAGGAAGGAAAACCCUUUUUUUGUGAAGAUCCCGAAACAGACAAUUUAAUGGUAAAGGCAAUUCAGGUUCUACGAAUUCAUCUGCUUGAGUUAGAAAAAGUUAAUGAGCUCUGUAAGGAUUUCUGUAGUCGCUAUAUUGCAUGUCUGAAAACUAAAAUGAACAGUGAAACUCUGCUUAGUGGAGAAUCCGGCAGUCCAUAUUCACCUGUACAGCCCCAGUCCAGCAACUUUAAACAUGAUAAAGAUAGCUUGGAUUUGCUGGAGCAGCUGUCUUCAUGGAAAGAGUCAACAGAAAAUCCAAUUCAAAGUGCCAUCACAGGUACACUAAGUCCCCAGGGGAUUAUGGUACCUGCAUCAGCAUUGCAGCAGGGAAAUGUUACUAUGGCAACUGUUGCAGGUGGGGCAGUUUAUCAGCCAGUGGCUGUGGUCACACCUCAAGGUCAAGUAGUAACACAAGCAUUGUCACCUGGAACAAUCAGGAUCCAGAAUUCCCAGCUCCAGUUACAAUUAAAUCAAGAUUUAAGCAUCUUGCAUCAAGAUGAUGGGUCAUCAAAAAAUAAAAGGGGAGUUCUUCCAAAGCAUGCUACAAAUGUGAUGAGGUCUUGGCUUUUCCAGCACAUAGGGCAUCCAUAUCCAACUGAAGAUGAGAAAAAACAAAUAGCAGCACAAACAAAUCUUACGUUGCUCCAGGUUAAUAACUGGUUUAUUAAUGCUAGAAGACGAAUUCUCCAGCCAAUGUUGGAUUCCAGUUGUUCUGAAACUCCAAAAACGAAGAAGAAAACAGCUCAAAACCGACCAGUUCAGCGAUUCUGGCCAGACUCCAUUGCAUCAGGAGUAGCUCAGCAUCAGUCAAAUGAACUUACUAUGUCAGACGGAGCCGUUGUAACAAUUACAGCUCCUGUCAAUAUGAAUGUAGACAGUCUCCAGUCUCUUUCCUCUGAUGGUACUACUUUGGCUGUCCAACAAGUCAUGAUGGCAGGGCAAAGUGAGGAUGAAUCUGUGGACAGCACUGAAGAUGAUGGAACAGAUCUCUCAACUACUAACAUCAGUGGGCUGGUGUUGGAUAACAGUGAUUCUCUGCAGUAGGAAACAAGAGAAUCAGGCCUAAAUGCUUAGGAAAACCUAUGGACUGACUGACUUUUUAUAGUUUGCACAGCAAACAUUUUACACAAGUUUUAUUUCUAAUAUGUUUUAUAUGUAGAUAUAGAAGAGUGCACUUUUUGUAUUUCAUAGUAAGCUUAAAGAGUGUCUUUGCAGGUGCAGCAACUUCUUUCAAACGUGUUGUUUUUGAGUUUAAUUUGGAAAAUCUAGUAAUUUAAGAAAGAACACAUCACCCUGUUAUUUUCUUAGGGUAACUUUCUCACUCACAAUGUUGAUCCCAGAUUGACCUGAUAAGGGUAUGGGGUAAUGGUCUGCAGCCAGGGGGAAAUAUGGUGGGUGCCUAUUGGGGGAGUCAGCUUCACAUCAGCAUAGAUUUAAACAUGUCCUCACCAUUGCUAUUUCAGUAUGUGCUCUAUAACAUUAAACAUAUUGCAGUCUUGUGACACAUGAAAUUGCCCUGGUGGAAGAUUUGAAAACACUUCUGUCUCCUUGAGAGUUAUGCAUUCACCUAGUCCUGUCGUUUUAAGAUUACUCUUGGUGGUUUAACAAUGUAAAAUGUAAAGCAUGUCAAAGUAGUGUAUGGAAUUUGCUUAUGACGUUAGCCAUGUAGAUUUGAAAGAUGCUUCUGCACCUUAAAAACAAAACCCAGCCAGUCUGAAGUGGACAGCAAAACACACAACAGGAAGUGAAAAUGUGUGAUUCAGUAACGAAUGUAUGCAAUUUAAAAUGAAUUUGAGUUGUUAGAUGGAAACGUCCAGAUUUUCCUUGCACCUUUUAAAUUUACCACUGACACAGUUUAUGUAUUGCUCCUCUUGUCAUUUCAACCAUCUUAGACUCCACUUGGAGAGGGUGGGAAUGGGGCAGGCACAAGAGGACAAGGGGAAAGGCAAAAGAAAUGAAGACUGUCUCUUCUCCCAGUUCAGUGGUAAAUUUAAAAUUACAGGGGCAUGUCUGGAUUGCAGCCUAGCAGCCCUACUCCUAACCAGUGACUCUGUUCAUCAUUUGCUAUAAAACACUUAUUUUUACCUUUAUCAGGAUUAUUGGAUUAAAAAUAUUUUUAUAAAUUCUCUAAAGAAUUGGGAUGAUGACUGUAUUGCGCAUGUGGGGAAAAAUGUUUAGUACUUCUAUUUGAAAGGUUAUGAAAACAGUCCAAAUUGAAUAAACAAGCCUAUCCUAUA